AUGUUCCCGUUCAGCGAGCAUCCUGACUGUAUAUCGGAGGACCGACCUGCCGCUGAACUUACUAUCCCUAUCCCCAAUGCGGAAGGAGGGUUGGGAAAUCUUAAAUUCUUUCUUUAUUCCUCCCAACCUUCCCGGUCAACGAAAAUUUUCAAAAGAGUUCUACAAAAUUUUGUUAAUAUAAAUGGAUUCAAAGUUAGAUAUCACCAUAAGGCCAUUGUAAUUGGUUCUAAAGCCUACAUAAUAGGUGGUCAAAGCUCUUUAGAUACCGUAGGCUCUGACAUAACAAGUUUGCUUGUUAUGGAUUAUUCAACGUUGACUGUUAACGAACAGAAUCCAAAGUUAUCCGUGACUGGUCACGAUGUAGUUCCAAUAAGUGACUCAAAAUUUCUGAUAUUGUUCGGUACAGAAACAGAAACUCCUUUAAAGUUUACGGAUCCCGUUCAGCAAGUUGACAUACAAACAGGUGUUGUAGAUACUCUUAAUAUAAGUGGCUCGGUUUCAACUCGGUAUGCUCACACUGCUACUGUGGUCGACAAUAAGGUCUAUGUGUUAGGCGGUAUAAGUAACAGUAAUAUUCUUGGUGAUGUUAUGUAUUUGGAUCUUUCAUCUUAUAGUUGGAAUACUAUUAACAAUACAUCUCAAAUCGCUGGACAUUCAACUUUGGCGAUUGGAAAUUAUUUAAUAUCUUGUUUCGGCUUUGAUUCGAACCUUAAUCUUAGAAAUGAUUGUAAUGUUUUUGAUACUUCAACUAAUGUUUACGUACCAUCUAAUAUUUCUGGAACGAUACCAGCACCUCGUUCUUAUUCAUCUAUGGUUUCUGCUGAUGAUAAUGAUAAAAUUAUUUAUGUUUUUGGUGGAUUUGACAAAGAUUCUCAUGGAUAUAAUGACCUUUAUAUUUUAGAUGCAUCAAAUGCUCCUGAUUUAUCUUGGUCUUCUGUGUCUGUUAGUGCAAAAGUAGAUCAAUCUUUAAUACCAUCACCUCGAGGCGCUCAUAGCGCGUUUGUAAAAUCAGGUUUAAUGACGAUUUGGGGUGGUUAUUCUAAUACAACCAAUAUAACCAUAGCUGAUGGGAGCUUAUAUUUCUUUGACAUUAAAGCUAAUAUGUGGGUCAAUUCUCAAAAUUUAAAUGAUAGUUCAAUGACUUCACAAUCUAAUGAAAAAAGACCUAAUGCUUUAAUAUGGGAUAUUAUUAUUGGA